AUGUCCUUUUGCGGGAGCCCCCUAUACGCCAUAUUUUGUGGUAGGUUUAUAUUUGUGUCACGACGUUCAGAGGCCAUCCGACAACAUCCGGACUUGCACAAUGUCGAUGAAAAUGUUGUCCGCAACACCAUCAUAGAAAUAUUCCACGGGUCUCGGGACCGCUAUGGUGGGGUGCGAGGAAAGCAAAGGUAUGUUUUCCAUGGAGGGUUCCUGGAAUUACUAAACUCUGAGGACACGGAGCCCGCAAAUCUCGAUGAAUUUCGAGCAAGUACUUCAGUGUAUGAACAGCCCUCCAUACCUGAAGAAUGUUAUCCCAAGUAUGACGAUCAAUCCCUGAAUGAACAAUGA